AUGGCGAUGCAGAUUCUUCGCCGGCGUUUUACCGCUGGGUCAACGCUCACACGAUCGCCUUUCAGGCGCGCUGCGCAGUUUCGUGGCCUGGCAACAGUGACAUCCUCAUCCGCACCUCUAUCUCGUUCUCCUCCGUAUCCUAAGAUCCUUAGCAAGCUAAACGAAGUUAGAAGGAUACUAGGCGCAUCAAGGCCGUUGACCCUCGCUGAAAAGAAUCUAUAUUCCCACCUUGACAAUGUCGAAGAGUCAUUACUCACGGAUACGCAGAAUGGCACGCAGAUUCGAGGGCGAGCCAACUUGAAGCUUAAGCCCGACAGGGUUGCAAUGCAGGAUGCAUCGGCCCAGAUGGCUCUUCUGCAGUUUAUGUCCUGUGGCCUUCCAUCCACAGCUGUCCCAGCUAGCAUCCAUUGCGACCACAUGAUUGUUGGAGAGAAAGGAGCCGAUGUCGACCUUCCAGCAUCCGUCAAGGGGAAUAAAGAGGUUUUUGACUUUCUUGAGUCUGCUGCGAAGAAGUAUGGAAUUGAGUUCUGGCCUCCAGGCGCUGGAAUCAUCCAUCAGACUGUCCUGGAAAAUUACGCCGCGCCAGGGUUGUUGAUGCUUGGUACUGACAGCCACACUCCUAACGGUGGUGGUUUGGGUGCCAUUGCCAUCGGCGUAGGUGGCGCAGAUGCUGUUGAUGCCCUCGUGGAUGCCCCCUGGGAGCUUAAGGCCCCCAAGAUUCUGGGUGUCCGCCUCGAAGGUGCACUCAAUGGCUGGGCAUCUCCAAAGGACAUUAUUCUCCAUUUGGCUGGUAAGCUUACUGUACGUGGUGGAACUGGGUUCAUCAUCGAAUAUCAUGGCCCGGGAGUUGAAACACUGAGCUGUACUGGCUUAGCUACCAUUUGUAACAUGGGUGCUGAAGUUGGUGCCACGACUUCACUGUUCCCAUUCGCACCUAGCAUGAUACCAUACCUGCAAGCUACUAAUCGGUCAGAAAUUGCCAAGUCUGCUUCAGAAAUCGCAUCUUCUGGACCGCAAAACUUGCUUCGAGCUGACCCGGAUGCCGAGUACGAUCAGCUCAUUACAAUUGAUCUCUCUACUCUCGAACCACAUAUCAACGGCCCAUUCACCCCAGACCUUUCCGUCCCUUUGUCAGCUUUUGCUGAUACAGUUCGCGAAAAGAAAUGGCCUGAGACAUUUGGUGCCGGUUUGAUUGGAAGCUGUACUAACAGCUCUUACCAAGAUAUGACUCGCUCUGAGGACCUCGUCAAGCAGGCUUCUGCAGCUGGCCUCCGACCAAAGGCUGAUUUUUUUAUCACCCCUGGAAGUGAGCAGAUCCGAGCAACCUUGGAGCGUGACCAGACGCUGUCUACAUUUUCAUCCGCUGGAGGCACCGUCCUUGCAAAUGCAUGCGGACCGUGUAUCGGGCAAUGGAAGCGAACCGACGGGGUGAAGAAGGGCGAGUCGAAUGCUAUCCUCACCUCAUAUAACCGGAACUUUCGUGGCCGAAAUGAUGGUAACACCGCGACGAUGAACUUCCUUGCCUCUCCUGAGAUUGUCACAGCUAUGUCAUAUGCUGGGUCAACCACCUUUAACCCAAUGACCGACUCUCUUACAACCCCGAGCGGGGAAUCGUUUAAGUUCACCGCUCCAGUUGGAUCCGACCUUCCUUCCGCUGGGUUUGCAACUGGCAACCCAGACUUCCAACCUUCUGCUGGUGUCCCGGAUCCAUCUGCCGAGGUCGUAGUUUCGCCCACAUCUGACCGUCUUGCUCUCCUUGAACCCUUUGAGCCCUUCCCUCCUCACGAUCUUAGCUCUCUUCGUGUCCUUUAUAAAGUUAAAGGACAGUGUACUACCGACACUAUAUCUGCUGCUGGGCCUUGGCUCAAAUAUAAAGGUCAUCUCCCCAACAUCUCUGCCAAUACUCUGAUUGGAGCUAUCAACGCCGCUACAGGCGAAACUAAUGUCGCCUACGACGUUGAUGGCAACACCUACUCCAUUCCCGAGCUAGCCGAGAAAUGGAAGAAUGAAGGCAGCCAGUGGCUCGUUGUUGCUGAAGAAAACUAUGGUGAAGGAAGUGCUCGAGAGCACGCAGCUUUGCAACCUAGAUAUCUAGGUGGAAGAAUAAUUGUCGCAAAGUCGUUUGCUAGAAUUCAUGAAACUAAUCUCAAGAAGCAAGGUGUUGUGCCACUUACGUUCAAGGACAAGGCUGAUUACGACAAGAUUGAUGCCUGUGAUGUGGUUGAGACUGUCGGCCUCUACGAUCUAUUGAAUAAUGACGGCCAGGGCGAAGUUACUUUGAAAGUCACCAAGAAGUCUAACGGAGAGACGAUCAAUAUCCCCGUCAAGCACACCUUAAGCAAGGAUCAGUGUGGCUUUAUUCUUGCUGGCAGCGCAUUGAAUCUUCUUGCUGCCAAAUCCCGAUAA